AGGCACAAUGGAGAGCAGCGUUUGGGAAGAGAAAACAUAUAAUCCACGCUUGACGAAGACAAGGGAGCAAUUUAUUGAUAUCAUGAACAAUUUGAAUUUGCCUUAUCCUAAGAAGAUUGAUGUUUCGCUACCGGCUAAUCGCGAAUGUGGUGUCCAUGAUAUUCCAGAUAAAUAAUGUUGAUUGGCUUUUGUUUUGCGAAAAAAAAAUUCAAAAUAAAGUGCUGCUCAAAUGUGGUUUCAAAUGGCAUAGAAAGCACCCAAACUACCGAGUCAUGGAGGGCUAAAGUAUUUUGAAGGCUACUGCUGUUAGCUGUACAGCAAAUUCUUUUUAAACGUUUCCUAAAUAUAUAGAAUUAAUCAAAAGACAUUGUAAAAAAAAGAGUUUUAUAAUAAAAAGUGAAAUAAAAUAUUUCCACAAAUGCUAUCGCUAAUUUAGUUGGUCACGUCUA